AUGGCAGAGGAAUAUGAAAAAUUUAAAAGGUUUGAGUAUCGUAUGAACUCAAAUUUAGUUUUGCAAAGAGAAGGGCCAGGGCCGAAUCAAAAUGAGCCAACUGGUGAGAGUGAAAGUUUGGUUGGUAAGUUAAAAUAUAAAAUGGGUGAUAAAGUAGAAUAUAAUAAACCAUUAAAUUUAUUAAAAAGAAAAGAUAAUGAAAAAAAUAAUAAAAAACGAUUAGAUGAUGAUGAUAAUGAAAUAUAUUUUGAUAAAAAAAUAAAAAGAAUUAAAAAUAAUUCAUAUAUAAAAGAGAAAAGUGUUUUAAAUAUAAACACUGAUGAUAUAUUUUUAUACAAACCAACUACAAAAUAUACAGAAAAUGUUUUUAGUAAAAUUAUGAAUAUAAUAAGAAAUAUAUUAGGUGAUAAUACAUCUGAUAUAUUAAAUAGCGCAUGUAAUGAUGUAAUAAGCAUUUUAAAAGAUGAAAAUAUUCAAAAUGAUGAUUCAAAAAAAACAGAAAUAGAAAAAGUAUUAGAAGUUAAUAUAUCAGAUAAUAAUUUUAUUAAUUUAAAUAAUCUAGUUAAGGAAAUAUAUGAUUUUGGCAAAAAAGAUGAAGACCAAGAAAUUGGAGAUGAUGAAGGUGUAGCAGUUAUAUUUGACGAAGCAGAUGAAUAUUUUAAAUAUAAAAAUAGAAAGAACCAACAAACAGACAAUUUAAUGGAUGAUGUGGGUACCAACAUAAGUGAGUUGAGUGUAGAAGAUGAAGAAGAUGAUGAAGAAGAAGAUGAAGAAGAAGAUGAUGAAGACGAAAAUGAUGAAGACGAAAAUGAUGGGGAUGAAAAUGAUGGGGAUGAAAAUGAUGGGGAUGAAAAUGAUGAACUAAUUUUAAAAAAAAAAAAAAAAAAAAAAUCUGAAACAUAUUUGAGCUUAAAAAAUAUGAAUAAAGAUGUAAAUUUUUCAAAAGUUAGAGAAUCAGAAGAAUAUGAAAUUGAUACAAAUAGUAUAGAUCCACAUUGGCUUCAAAAAAAAUUAAAUACAAUAUUUAGUGAAGCAAGUUUGUGUAUAGAAAAAGAAAAGGAAGUAUUGGAAAUAUUAAAAAUAUAUGAUAUACAAGAAUGUGAAAAUAAAUUAGUAAAUAUAUUAAUGUGUGAAAAUUUUCCAAUGGUUAAAUUGUUUAUAAAAAAUAGAUGGAAAAUAUAUUAUUGUACAUUACUUGGUCAAGCUCAAAAUGAAAAAGAAAAAAAUAUAAUUAUUGAAAAUAUGAAAAAAACAGAAGAAGGUGAAGAGAUAUUAGAAGAACUAUCAAAUUUUAGAAAUAUAAAAAAAAAUAAACAGAGUGAAUUUACAAAAAAUUUAAGAAAAGAAGCAGAUAAUUUAAUACAUAUGAAAAUGAAAGAGUCAAACAAAUAUAAACUAAAGGAAGGAUUAGAUGAUUCAAAGCAAUUUAUUCAUGAUGAAGCAGAAGAUGAAGAAGAGGAUGAAGAUGAAGCAGAUGACGAAGCAGAUGACGAAGCAGAAGCAGAUGACGAAACAAAUAAUAGAGAAAUAAAGGUAAACGUAAAAAUAAAAAGUAAAGAUGGUGAAUUAAAAGCUAAAUAUAUAGAUUUAGAAAAAUUAAAUUUAAAAAUAAAAAAUAACAAUUUUUUAAAUAAAGAAAUAAUAUUACCAGAUGGAAGUAAAAGAAUUGAAAAAAAAGAAUAUGAUGAAAUUAUAAUAUCGGGAAAUAAAAAUGAUGAUAAAAAAAAUAAUUCUCGAAUCAAUAAAUAUAAUUAUUAUACAAAUAAAGAUGAUAUAAAAUUAAUUAAAAUAAAUGAAAUACCUGAAUGGGCACGUGAAACAUUUUUUUGUGUUAAUAUUAAAAAUUUAAAUGCAAUUCAAUCAAAAGUAUAUGAUAUAGCUUUUAAUCAAUUUGACGAAAAUUUAUUAAUUUGUGCUCCUACAGGUUCUGGAAAAACUAAUAUUGCAUUAUUAUGUAUGUUAAAUGUUAUUAAUAGUUAUCGUUUAUUUAGUGGUGAAAUUGAAAAAAAUAGUUUUAAGAUUAUUUAUAUAUCUCCAAUGAAAGCAUUGGUAAAUGAGCAGGUACAAUCAUUUGGCUUACGAUUGAAAGCUUUGAAUCUAAAAGUUUGUGAAUUAACAGGAGAUGUACAUCUAAGUAGUAAAGAAAUAGAUGCGAAUCAAAUUAUUGUUAUGACUCCCGAAAAAUUUGAAGUAAUUAGUAGAAAAUGGAAUGAAAAAAUUAUGUUAGAAAAAAUUAAGUUAAUAAUUUUUGAUGAAAUACAUCUAUUGAAUGAACCACGAGGUCAUGUAUUGGAAAGUAUAAUUACUCGAAUAAAUAGAUAUGCUGAUAAUAGUGCGGUUGGCAAGGGGAUGGAUAGUAACAAUGCAACUGAUAAACGUAAUGGAAUAAGGUUAGUUGGGUUGUCGGCUACACUUCCAAAUUAUGAAGAUGUAGGAAUAUUUUUAAGAGCAAACCCUAAAAAAGGGAUUUUUUAUUUUGACCAAUCUUUUAGACCAGUGCAAUUAGAUCAAUAUUAUAUUGGGUUAAAAGAAAAAAAAGGAAUAAAAAAAUAUAACCUUAUGAAUGAAAUAGCAUAUGAAAAAGUUUUAGAGGAAGCUGGUAAAAAUCAAAUAUUAAUUUUUGUUCAUAGUAGAAAAGAAACAUAUAGAACAGCUAAAAUAUUAAUAGAUAAAUUUGUAAAAAAUGAUAAUAUAAAUUUAUUUUUGAUGGAUAAAAAGAUAUCUGUUGAAAUAUUAUUAUCUGAAAAAGAAGCAAUUGUAAAUGAAGAAUUAAAAGAGUUAUUACCAUUAGGUUUUGGAAUACAUCAUGCUGGGUUAAAAAGAACUGAUCGUAAAUUAGUAGAAGAUUUAUUUGCAGAUAAACAUUUACAAGUAUUAGUAUGUACAAGCACAUUAGCAUGGGGUGUUAAUUUACCUGCACAUACUGUUAUAAUAAAAGGAACAUCUAUAUAUAAUAUGAAUAUUGGAGAUUUUGAUGAAUUAUCUUUUAUGGAUGUAUUACAAAUGAUAGGAAGAGCAGGUAGACCACAAUUUGAUAAAAGUGGAAAAGCUAUAAUAAUUACAGAACAUAAAAAUUUACAAUUAUAUUUAUCAUUAAAUAAUGAACAAAUGUAUAUUGAAUCUAAAUUAAUGGAAAAUAUAAUAAAUAUAAUAAAUGCAGAAAUAGUUUUAAAAAAUAUUCAAGAUUUUAGAGAUGCUAUAAAUUGGUUUAAAGAAACAUAUAUGUAUAUUCGAAUGUUAAAAAAUACAAAUUAUUAUGGAAUAGAAAAUAGUAAAAAUCGAAUUAUAAAAAAUGUACAAAAUAGAAUAAAUGAUAUUAUAUAUUCAUCAUUUUUAACUUUAGAAAAAUAUGGAUUAAUUAAAUAUAAUAAAAAAUUAAAAACUGUAAUUAGUACAUAUAUUGGUAAAAUUAGUAGUUAUUAUUAUAUUGAUUAUAAAUCUAUAGAUAUGUAUAAUAAAAGAUUAAAUAAAUAUACAAACGAAAUCGAAUUAUUAAAAGUGUUUUCAACUAGUGAUGAAUUUAAAAAUAUAUUUAUUAGAAAUGAAGAAAAAAUAGAAUUAUCAAUUUUGAUGGAAAGAUUACCAAUACCAAUUAAAGAAUCUAUUAAUGUACCUUUUACAAAAAUAUGUAUUUUAUUACAAUUAUAUUUAUCAAAUAUAACAUUAAAUGGGUAUAUAAUAAAUUCGGAUUUGGUAUAUAUUCAUCAGAAUGCUUUACGUAUAUUUCGUUCUUUUUUUGAAUUAUCUUUAAAAAAAGGGUUUUAUAAUUUAGUAUAUUUAUGUCUAAAAUAUUGUAAAAUGAUAGAACAUCAGAUGUGGAGUAGUAUGACGCCUUUAAGACAAUUUGGAUUAUUAAGUAAAGAUUUGAUAAAAAUAAUAGAAAAAAAAAAUAUAAGUUUUAAAAAUUAUUUAACUAUGGAAUUGAAUGAAUAUAUAACAAUAUUUAAAAAUAAAAAAAUAGCAAAAAAUAUAUAUAAAUUAGUACAUCAUUUUCCUAAUAUUGAAUUGAGUGCAUAUAUACAACCUAUUGAUCAUAAAUUAAUUAAGAUCGAAUUAAAUAUAAUACCUGAUUUUAUUUAUAAUCCAAAAUAUCAUGGAUAUGUUAUGCUAUUUUGGAUAUUUGUUAUUGACAUUGCAAAUGAAAAUAUUAUACAUUAUGAUUUGUUUACAUUAAAAAAAGGGUUAGAAAAUGAACCAUUUUUUGGAGAUAAUAAUAAAAAAAAUAUAUGUGAUAGUUUUGAUGAAGAAUUGAUUCGUUUUUAUUUACCAAUAAAUGAUAGUCCAUAUUAUAUAAUAAAAGUUAUUUCUGAUAAAUGGUUAGAAUGUGAAUGUACAAUUAAUAUAAAUUUGAGUAAUAUUUAUAUUCCAUCUAAACAAAAUAAUUUGACUCAAUUAUUAGAUUUACAAUCUUUACCAAUAAAUUCUUUAAGAUAUAAUAAUGGAAAAAAUAUAUUUAUAGAUAGAAAUAUAGAAAAUUUGAAUCCAAUAUGUACACAAACAUUUACAUCUUUAUAUGAAAAUAGUGGAAAUGUUUUAUUAUGUUAUUCUAAUUGGAAAUAUUAUUUAAUACCUGCUGAAUUAGCAAUUUUGAGGAUAGUCAAAUAUUUAGAAGAAUUAAAUAAUUAUGUAAAAUGUUUUAUAAAAAGUGAAAAUGAUUUAAAAAAAAUUAUAAACGAUAAAAAAUUAUCAAACAUUUUAUAUAAUGACUAUUACAGUUUAAUAAAAAUUGUUUAUAUUGCACCUUUAGAUGAUAUAGUUUUAAAAACAUAUAAAAAAUGGAUUCCUUUAAAAAAAAAAUUAAAUUUGAAAAUGUGUAUAUUGACUGGAGAAGUAGGAAUAGAUAUGAAAUUAUUUCAAUCAAAUCAUAUUAUAUUAUCAAAUCCGGAAAAUUAUGAUAAUAUAUCUAAAAAAUGGAGACGAAAAAAAAUGUUUCAAAAUGUUAAUUUAUAUAUUUUUGAUCAUAUAGAAUUGCUAAAUACGAAUUCUGGUGCUAUUAUGGAAGUUUUAAUAAGCAGAGUAAGAUACAUUUCGACACAAUUGCAAAUAAGCAGUCGGAGUCGACCCGAUUCUGGCAAGGUGACCGAUUCUGGCAAGGCUACAGAUUCUGGAAAGGCCACCGAUUCUGGAAAGGCUACCGAUUCUAUAACUCAUAAUGAUCUCGAUUUUGUGAAGGAGUAUAUGGAAAGUGAAAAAAAAAAUAAGAAUAUGAAAAAAAUGAAUAAUAAAGAAAUAUCAGUACAUUUAAAUAAAUUAUCUAAUUUAAAAAUGGAAGAUAUUUAUGAAUUUAUAGGAAUAAAUAGAAUAGUGUGUAUGUCAAGUUGUUCAUUACAAAAUUCUAAAGAUGUAUCUGAAUGGAUAGGAUGUAAAAAAAAUGACCAUUUUAAUUUUGCAUCUACAAUUCGAACAAUACCAAUAGAAAUAUAUUUAUUUUCAGUAAAUAUUAUGAAUCCGCAAAAUAGAUAUAUAUCAAUGCAACGUCAAAUUUAUCAAAAUGUUAAAAAAUUCAAUAAAAAUAAAAAAAAUGUAAUAAUUUUUGUUACUAAUCAAAAGGCAUGUAAAACAUUAGCACUAGACUUAAUAUUAUCAUCCUGUAGUGAUGAAUUUUCUUUUAAUUCGGUUAUUAUUGAUAGUGUUGAAAAUGAAGAGAAUAAAAAAAUUCUGAACAAUAUUAAUGAUAACAUAUUAGUACAAUGUUUAAAAAAAGGAAUAGGAUAUAUACAUAAUAAUAUGUUAGAUAUAGAAAAACAAAUUGUCGAAAAUUUAUUUGAUAAGAAAGGAAUAGAUAUAUUAAUAAUAUGUUAUGAUUAUUUAUAUAGUUUAAAUGUAUAUGGAAAUAAUGUAAUAAUAUUAGAUACAAUAAUAACACAUUAUAAUAAUAAAGAUGAAGAUUAUUCUAUUCAAACAAUUUUGGAAAUGCUUAGUUUUGCUGGUAGAGAAGAAGAAGAUGAUAAAUCAUUUGUUUAUAUAUAUACAUAUGUAACAAAAAAAGAAUAUUAUAAAAAUUUCAUAUAUGAUCCAAUAUCAAUUGAAUCUAAUAUAGAAGAAUAUUUACCAAGUUUAUUAAAUAAUGAAAUAGUUAUGAAUGUAAUUGAAAAUUAUCAAGAUUGUAUAGAUUUAUUAACAUGGACAUUUUUUUAUAGACGUAUUAAACAGAACCCAAAUUAUUAUGGAUUAAAAAAUGUUAGUAGUGAACAUAUUUCUGAUUAUUUAUCUGAAUUGAUUGAAAAUAAUAUUGAGCUUUUAUCUAUUUCAAAUUGUGUUAAUAUAUGUAAUAAUGAAGAAAAUGAAGAAUCAUCAGAUGUAACAUUAAAACCAUGUAAUUUAGGAAUCAUUUCUUCAUUUUAUAAUAUAGAUUAUCAUAUAAUAUAUUUUUUUAAUCAAUAUAUUACCUUAAUAAAAGGGUUGAAAAAAAAUAAAAUUUUAGAAAUAAUUUGUUUAGCUAAUAUAUUUAAUAAUAAAAUAAAAAUUCAAAAUCAUGAUAUAUAUCUUUGUUUAAAAAUAGCUAGAUCAUGUAAUAUACAAAUAAGUUAUGCCUUUUUGAAAUUAGCAUUGAACAAUAAAACUGUUUUUAAAGAGGAUGAAAAUGGCAAGGUAGCCAAUCUAAACGAUGAAAUGGCAAAUUUAAAUGAUAAGAUAAUCAAUUUAAGCAGUUUUAUUAAAAACCCAUCAUAUUUUACAGCAAAUAUAAAAGUAUUAAUAUUAUUACAUGCACAUAUGAAUAGAUUUCCAAUACCUAUAAAUUAUGUUAAUGAAAUGAAACAUAUUUUACUAAACGGAUUCAAAUUAGUAAAUUCUUUAAUUGAUGUAAUUAGUAGUAAUAACAUAUUAAAUUAUUGUUUGUUUGUUAUGGAAAUGUCUCAAAUGUUAACACAAUGUUUUAAAAGUAGUGAUAUAUCAAAUUUGUAUCAAAUACCUUAUUUUAAUGAAAAUUUAAUUAAAAAAGCAAAAGAAUUAGAAAUUACAGAUAUUUAUGAAUUAAUUAAUUCUGAUGAUGAUAUAAAAGAUGAACUUUUAAAAGGGUUAAGUGAAAAUGAAAAAAGUAGUAUAGCCAAUUUUUGUAAUUUGUUUCCAAUUUUAGAAGUAAAUUAUGAUAUAGAUUUAAAAAAAAUAUAUAAAAUUAAUGAUCUUGUUGAAUUAAAUAUAAAUAUAGAUCGAGAUAUUUCAGAUGAUGGACCAAUUGGUUAUGUUCACUCAAAUUAUUUACCUUUUGAAAAAGAAGAAUCAUGGUGGUUUGUUAUAGGAAUUAAAAAACUUAAUUUAUUAUUAUCUAUUAAAAAGCUGUCUUUAUUAAAACAGAUGAAUACUGUAAAAGUUAAUUUCGAGCUUCCAGAUAAACCAGGAACUUAUGACAUAGUCAUGUAUUUGGUUAGCGAUUCGUAUAUAGGGUGUGACCAGGAGUACGAGUUUGCGAUGGUUGUUUCCGAGUGA